GUUGGGUGCGUUCUCCUCUACAAUACAGAGAAGAAGCACAAGCAAGAGAACAGAAGAAGACAGAGAGAAGAAGGAGACAUGGAGGUGGAGAAGCUCAUUGAUUUAGAUAGUAGUAAAGAUGAUGAUGUUCUACUUCCAGGAUUCAGGUUUCAUCCUACAGAUGAAGAACUUGUUGGGUUUUAUCUUCGAAGGAAGGUGGAGAAGAAACCAAUUAGUAUUGAACUCAUCAAACAGAUUGAUAUCUAUAAAUAUGAUCCAUGGGAUCUCCCAAAAAUCACUACCGCGGGGGACAAGGAGUGGUACUUCUUUUGUGUCAGAGGGAGAAAGUAUAGGAACAGCAUAAGACCUAAUAGGGUCACAGGAUCUGGAUUUUGGAAAGCAACCGGAAUCGAUAGGCCAAUAUAUUCUACUGCAGAAAACCAUGACUGCAUAGGCCUCAAGAAAUCCCUAGUCUACUACAGAGGAAGGGCAGGCAAAGGCACCAAAACUGAUUGGAUGAUGCAUGAGUUUCGCCUUCCAGCAAAUGGGAAAAGUGCCAAUAAUCCCAAUUCUAAGAACACUACUCAAGAAGCUGAAAUCUGGACACUUUGUCGAAUCUUCAAGCGAAACGUGACGUAUAAGUACACAACAGAUUGGAGAACAACCAAAUCCAUCAAACAAAACCCAAUCAAUGAUUCAAGUUCUCAAACAUGCAGCUUUGAGUCUGACAAUAGAGAAGAAUACAAAAGCUUUGGAGCUUCUGUGACUCAACAGAAUGAGAAGAAGGCAACAGUUAAUCACAUUGAUGAAAAGAACCAGUUGUUCUCAACCCAGUUGAAUUCUAUAGCUCAAGCACCAUUUAAUACAUUUUACUCAAGCUUUCCUACUAUCAAUGACAAUGAUUUACUCAGAGAAGGGAAUUGGGAUGAGCUUGCAUCCAUAGUUGAGUUUGCCAUAGAUCCAACCUUUCUAAAUUAUGGUUGUAGAUGAGGUGACCACUAUGUUUUUUUUUUUUUUUUGGCUUCUGUAAAUAUUAAAGUUUAAUUUA